AUGCUCCCCGAAAAUGCCGCAGCCACCCACAUCAGCGAGAGCGAUGGUGCGCUUGACGGUGACAACAGCGACGACGACGAUGCCGAUGGAGCAAGCUAUUCAUUUCUAUUAUCUCCAGGGGAUAAUCCAUCUCAAGAUGUGCCAAUCGAAUGGAAUCGGGGCUCCUCCUGGAUCUCGGGAUCCAGACUGAUAGUCCGCCUUCGAUCUUGGUUUCCCCUAUCAUUUAGCCGCGGUAAUGGAGACUUGUAUAAUGCAGCACCCGCCACCGAAGCUGGACGAUAUCGGGUAGGGAUGAACACUUCUAGAAAGAAAAGUGUCGCCAUUUCGGGAUCGUGCAUGUCGAUUGUGUUUACUCUUCGAGCGAUCGUUUGCUGUUCCUGGGGAAAUCUUCUCCUCGUCUUUGUCCCGAUUGGCAUUGUAACCUAUAUAUCGAAGGCCCACCCGUCCAUUAUUUUCGCAUCUAACGCUAUCGCAAUCAUUCCAUUGUCAGGACUACUAGCCUAUGCUACCGAAAACAUUGCUAGCGAUAUGGGAGACACUGUUGGUGCUCUCAUGAAUAUUAGCUUUGGUAACCUGGUCGAAGUGAUUAUCUUGACGGCUUUAUUCAACAACCAGAUCCGCAUUGUCCAAGCAUCUCUCCUUGGAUCGAUCCUCGUCAACCUAUUGUUAAUCCUUGGCACAGCUAUUAUAGCUGGGAGUUUCCAGGAUCAAGAACAAGCAUAUAGUAUUUCCAAUUCGCAGGCUCUUGCAUGCCUUCUCUCCUUCUCUGUUUUCAGCUUAUUAAUACCACUGAAAUCUCACGCGUACUUGGCCAGCCCUGUCCACCAUCAUGAAGCUUAUGUGCGGUCUCGUAUUGGGCCCUUGGUGCAGCGAAGUCAAGAACAGAGCCAUACUAGGGGUUCAUCUACCUCGUCAAUUUCGCGUACUAUUAGAUUUGCGGAUGAAGAUCUUAGACUAGCUCUUGAUUCAAACGUCAUGGCAAAGAACAUCAAACUAGACACGAUAGACAGUGGACAACAGUCUGAGCCGACCGCCGAGACCACAGUCCAGUCUGUUAUGGGGAAUUUCAGCAACCAUAUCGAUCAGCCCAACGGGGGCAUAGGAGGUACUACGGCUACUGGGCAGGGUAAAGCGGGUACAGCAUAUCUACCCUGCUCAGCGGCUCAUUCUUCUUCUGUAUGGCCACAUUCACUUCGAACGCCUCCAAACCAGGACGAAUUACUGCCUCCUAGUACAACCAGACAAGGGCUCGUCAGAUCCGCAUCCAGUAUCCCCCUCCUCUAUUUCUCUCGUGGAAGUUUAGACCACGCACCUAACGAUGAUUUCUCCAACAAUUCCCCCAUCAUCAGUCGAGCAACCUCCUUGGUCCUCCUCAUCUCCUCCUCGGUCCUCGUUGCAUUUUGCGCCGAAUUCCUCGUCAAUACAAUUGAUGACAUGGUCGCCCACAGCCCACUCUCGGAGCCUUUUAUCGGCCUGAUCAUUCUACCCGUCGCCGGUAAUGUUGCUGAACAUAUCACCGCUGUAACGGUCGCUGCAAAAAACAAAAUGGACCUUGCUAUCGGUGUAUCUGUGGGCUCAUCUAUUCAGAUCGCCUUGUUCGUGACCCCAUUGGUUGUUAUUAUGGGCUGGAUUAUGGAUAGGGAUAUGACAUUGUAUUUCAGCCUUUUUGAGACGGUAACGCUGGUGGCGACAACCUUUUUGGUGAACUUUGUGAUUUUGGAUGGAAGAACGAACUAUAUGGAGGGAAGUUUACUUUGUGCUUGUUAUGUUAUUAUCGGCGUGGGAGCGUAUCUAUUUCCUGGGCCAGACGCGCAAAGUCCAGGUUGA